AUGGCCGGCGCUAUUGAGGGCAUCGGUGAUGAGGUGAUUUGGUUUAUAAUAGCAGUGAUUGUUGUCAUAUUGAUUUCAUUGGCAUGGAUAAGUACACAUUUACCGCCAGUUGAUUAUUAUGUCUGGCUAGUUCAAAUGCAAAUUCAUCCAAAUAGAAGAGUUAUACAGGUGCUGCAAGUAGAUAAUCAAGAGAUAAAUUUACUACAUAAUCAGCCAGAAAGGCCGCAGUCAAGUGCAGUCACAGAAGAAACACUUGAAGCUCUAAUGGAUGAUGGCAUUAUAGAACAAAGUAACCCUUCAAAUGAAGCAGUGCCAUCACGGAGUGAAAACAUCGAUAUCAAUAAUUGGGAAGAACUACAAAAUGACCAAAACAUGGAUAAAAAUGCAGUUAAUUUAUAUGAUAUUUUCAUUCUUCUCAAAAAUGUUGCGUGUUCUAUGGUCAUGAUUUCAGUUUUCGAAGUACAACAACAAGCAACUGAUCAUGAGCAAAAUGUACUCUCUGUGAGUGAUACUUCAGGAACUAGAGACCAGCAUAGUGAAAGUCUUUCAACUUCAGCUCCAAAUGCAAGAUUAUGCUAUUUGCAGACUUCAGCCGAAAAGGACUCGGAGAAUGGAUCAAGGCAUGAAUUAUCAGCUGUUAUUUCAGAUUCGGCUUAUCAAUUUGAUGAAAAAGAAAAAGGUACUGAAAGACGUCAAUUAUCGUCUGUGAAAUUAAAAUUCUUGGAUGAUUCGCAAGUUACUGCUUGUACAGAAUUGGAAUCUACUGUAGGACAGUUUAAAAGGCGCUAUUUCUGGGAUUCAAUACAUGCAGGCAAAGCAGUUCGAUUAAUAUAUCGCGGACAGCUUCUACGAGAUGAUACACGCUCAUUAUUAAGUUAUGGUUUGCAUGAUCAGUGCGUUGUUCAUUGCCAUGUGAGUACGACACCUUACGCUCAGCCUUCCGCUUUUUCAAGUGCUUUAUCAAGUACAUUUUCACAUGAAAAUGAUGAUAUAAAUAGCGGGACAGCUGCAGCAGCUAUUGCAGCAAUAGCUGGUACGCAAUCGAUAGCAACUACAGCAGCAGGAGGUGAUUUUACUCGCAGGAUAGUCCAGACUUUUCGAGGUCAUUCCAUCGAGGAUAAUCACAGUGAUUCUAUGGUACUGAGAAUACGCAAUGCAUUUCUACGUGCUUCUCGAUACAUCUAUAAUAUGGUUAUGGGACCAGUUCCAAUGACUGUAACAGUGGAAAAUCAGUCAUUGGAUGCGGCAGCUGAUGCAGCAACGCAUAUGAGAUGGAAUCAGAAUAUAUUAGGAAAUUCAAUUGGUCAAUAUGUCUAUAUAAUUUUUAUAGUGAAAUUUCUGAUACUUUGGACAUGCAUGUUUUUAUUUCCUCAAUAUGCGGAUCGGUUUUCGUUGCUACUGCUCACUUUUCUCAGUUUAUUCUUUUUAUCUAUUAUGUUCGCGAAUUCCCGUGGAAAUAAUGAUGGUAUUCAGACUUAG